AAUAAUUUUAAAAACUGGACGAUCUUUGGCAGCACAGAAGUAUUUUUCAGUGUGUUAAAUUCUCAAUCCUUUUUAUUGAUACUUUAAAGUUUUUGGUGAACCUAGGGUUUCGAGGUUCCUUCAGUUUUUUCUUUCAAUGGCUUCUAUCUCUCAUAGAGGCGGUGAUUUCUACGGUGCUGCUUCCCACAGAUCCAGAGAUGGAUUGAGUACGAGGCAAGUAGGUGGUUCAGAUGAGAUACAGGUGCGGAUUGAUCCGAUGCACGGAGACCUAGAUAACGAGAUUACAGGUCUUCGCAAGCAAGUGAAACAGCUUAGAAAUGUAGCCCAAGAAAUUAAGUCUGAAGCAAAAUAUCAGAAUGAUUUUAUUAACCAACUGCAAAUGACAUUGAUCAAAGCUCAAGCAGGGGUGAAGAACAAUAUGAGACGGUUGAACAGGAGUAUCAUCCAGGAAGGAUCAAACCAUGUGAUGCAUGUUAUUCUUUUUGCACUAUUUUGCUUUUUUGUGAUAUAUUUGCUGUCCAAGUUUUCACGGAGAUAAGGGCGAUCUUCUGCGCUGUUUUGCUGUUUUUGGUGCAAGUCUUGAUGAAGAUGAGAGAUACACAUCUAUUCAAGGCAUCAUACAAAUUGCAAUGGUUAAUUUUUUGUGAUUGGGGACAGCAAGGGUGCAACUGUAGAAACUCCACAUAUUAGUCUUGUGUAAAGUUUUCUAAUCUUUAGAAGCACUGAGGAUUGUUAUUAGUUUCUGGUUCUCUUUUCACUUUUGUUUUUCUUUUUAAUACUUCCUAUAUGACAAAUGACAAUGAUCAUUAUGUGCUUAUCCUAGGAAAAAAUUGAUUAUUGCCGAUGGAAGAUGCUCUAUACUUCAUUUGUUUAAACAGCAGAGCCUGUUUUGGAGAAAAUGAUGUUCGGCAAACAGUGUAUAUAUUUGAUUUUAACUCUUACAAAGUCCACCCUUAAUUACAAUAUUCAAUGAUUUAAUAGAA